UUCUCUAACUUGUUAAUCAUAAUUGUAGAAAGAAAGAGUCCCGUCAUGGUCUGAUGAUUCCAGCUAUAAAAAGUGUUACCCAUCUUCAAAUGUUUUUAACUUUUCCCCCCUUCACGGCUACCGGUGGUCACGUGAAUCAUUGUUGUUCGUCGAAUUGAUAAAAAAUAAAAGACCGUGGAAGACAUUCAGUUUUCAGGAAUUAGAGAGAGGAGAUCUUUAAGAAUAAAGCGACUUUAAACGAUACUCUUUUUUUUCAUCAAGCAUAAUUCCAAACUUUAGAAAUGUUCUUUAGUUGUUGAUAGUUACAAACACGAUGAAUAAUACGAUAUCAAAAGUUAACGUUCCUAUCAGAAUAAACUGAUUUACGGAAAGUCAUUAUAAAGUUCAAGAUUAAGUUUGUACUGAUCUUCUCAUUGCUAGGAAAUGAUUCCAAAUCGACAGUUUUCGUCCUGAUCUUUAUUAUUUUGUAGAACAAUUGUAAAUCAUGAAAAUGGUGGGAUUUCUAAUUCUUUCUCUUGUUCUGAGACUUGCUGUGUGUGAAGAAACCACAACUGAAUCAACAACUGAGUCUACAUGGAUGCUAACGGAGGGAAGUACUACUGUCAUAGUGACCACGCAGAAAAAUGAUAAGCAUUACAAUAAAACUGUGAGGAGGAGUUGUGAGAAGUGGUGGUCGGCGAAAGAUUAUGAACUCACACAUCCCAGUUUUCCGGAAGAGUAUGAGAACAGCGUACUGUGUCGUUACACAAUACAGAAGAGUGAUCCAUCUGUGUGUGGUCUGGAAAUCACCUUCAGAAAAUUUGAUCUCGAGACCAGUGCUGGAUGCGAGAAAGACUUCCUGGCGAUAGAAGACGAGCGCCUAUGCGGACAUAUACCCUCUCAGUCUGUUGUGCAAUACCCAUUCGAUGAAGAUACCGAUGCCAUCAGUGUUGUAUUUGGAACGAACGAAAACGUCACGAAGAAUGGAUUUCAGAUUUUGUUUCAACAAAUUUCCAUUUGCGAGGAAGAUCUCAACGCUAUCCCUGCUAUCCAUGCGUGUGAUGUCCUGAUUACUGAUCCAUCAGGAGAACUGGUCACCCAUCGGUCACCCGAAGAUGCCCGAGGUGAUCCCGUCUGUCGUUACACAGUUGGCAGAAGGCAUUCCGGAUAUUGUCAAGUGGAAUUGGAUUUCGUGGAUUUCAACGUGGAAUACAGUCCUGGAUGCAUCGGGAGCUACGUCCAGCUGGAUGGUCAUCGUUUCUGUGGUACAUCUCUUAGAGGCCAAAAAAAGAACGUUACAUUUGAUGCCUUAGGAAAUGUGCACAUUGUCUAUAAGACAGAUACAGUGCGAAUGGAUCGUGGUUUCCAUCUGUUAUUCAGACAGCUCGUCUGCCCUCCCGGUGAUCCCGUCCGCCCACCUGGAGGUUCAGGACUGAUUGGCGAUAGAGUUCCCAGCAGUUGCAGCAAAAUCUAUUACGAGAAAGAGUUCUACUUGGAAAGUCCAGGAUUUCCAAAUUACUAUACGAACGAUUUAGAUUGUCAGUUGGUUAUCAGAAGAUAUAGGCCCUCUAUUUGCAAAAUGGACAUUCGGUUUUUGGAUUUUGACGUUGAACAAAGUCCCGGAUGUGUCUAUGACUUCCUCGAGUUGGAUUCUGAACGGUUAUGUGGUAGAAUACUGGAGGACACUGUCAAAACAACGGAUUUUCUGUCGUACGAGAAAGUGUUGCGGUUCAAAACAGAUUCCAUCAAUCCAAGACCUGGCUUCUUCUUAUAUGUGAGGCAACUGGACUGUGGUCAUCCUCCACCCCUUCCAUCUUCAUGCGAUGUCCACAUCUGGGAGAGUGAAGCCCGCAUCACGAGUCCCAACUAUCCCCUCAACUACGAAAACAAUCUCAGAUGUGUCUACACUGUCCAUCGCCUCGGGGACUACAUUUGUCAGUUGAAAAUCAAUUUUCUGGAUUUUAGAUUGCAGAAUGGUAGUCCCGGUUGCUACAACGACUACCUGGAAAUGGAUGGGGGGUGGAGAGCUUGUGGAGACAAAUUCCAAGGAAUAUCACGAACGCUCGAUUUUCGAGUGCCGGAAAAAGUGCUGAUUUUCAGCACCGACUCUUGGUUUACGCAGACUGGAUUUUUACUUUCUGUGAGACAAGUGCCAUGUUCUGGAGGAGAGGGGACGACAUCCGGAAGAUUGAAUGGACCCACAUGCGACAGAGAGUUCGAAGCACCCCUUUUUGAUAUGCGCAGCGAGCUCUACCCUCUCAGUUAUCCACCCAAUCUCAAUUGCAGGUACCUGGUGAGAAAAGUGUCGCAGUCAGUGUGCCAGCUUCGCAUGACAUUCACUCAUUUCGAUCUGGAAGCGAGUAUAGCCUGUAGCCGAGACUAUUUGAUCAUGGAUGGAGAGAGAUUGUGUGGUUCUUUACCACCGAACACUACACGCACAAUACGAUUUGAUACUCCGGAGAAGGUUUUCCUGUUUCACAGUGAUAUCCAGAUUCAAGGAUCAGGAUUCGAAGCCAUUGUUCAGCAAGUGGAAUGUCCCGGGGGCUUACCACCCGAUACUGCCACUGUCGUCCCUUCCACUGGAAGAGCACCGCCUUCCGAUCUACCAAGAUGCAAUUUUCACUAUCCGGACAUUCGGGCGACGAUUAGUAGUCCUAACUACCCGAAUCCUUAUCCUAACAUGGUCGAAUGUCGGUAUGCAGUACAUCUUCAACCAGGAUUCUGCAGUGUGGAAUUCAAUUUCAUCGACUUCUCUCUAGAACCUCCGACACCAGGACUGCCUUGUACUAGAGAUUUCCUUGACAUUUCUGGAGUAAGGUAUUGUGGACAACAACUAAAAGGAAUCACAAAAAUAGAAUCUCCUCUGGGAUUAUCGAAGGAAUUAGUGAUGACAUUCAUGAGUGAUACUGUGGUCAACAAUAAAGGAUUUCUGGCAUCCUUCCGUCAAGUAUCCUGUUCCCAGUCACCACCUCCACCCCCACCACGAGGUGCUACUCCUCCUGCAUUGACACCCGGUGAUCCUACUUGCGGUGGUCACUUAACUGGACCUUUCUUUGACAUUCGGUGGCCAACGGUGACAGACUAUGGCCAGACAAUCGAAUGCGUCCACACUGUUCAUCGACUGGGAUCUGAUACGUGUAACUUGAGGGUGACUUUUGUGACUUUUGAUCAGGGUGACGCCAGGGAUUGCCCGAGACAAUUUGUACAGAUCGGUGAUCAUACGCUUUGUGGAAAACUACCGGCAUAUACAGUCAGAGAUUAUGACUUUUUGGAUUACACUCUGAUAAUCAGGAUAACGUCAGCUCAAUUACCCCGUCCCAGAAUUCACCUACAAGUUCAGCAGUUGCCAUGUGGAGCUCACAAUCCUCCAUCCCGCCUCCCUCCACCCACUUGUGACGAAACAUUUCAAGGACCUGGAUUCGAACUGCGAAGUCCUUAUUAUCCUCAUGGUAUAACAUCCAGUGUGGACUGCAGAUACAUAGUGAGAAAGUCCUCCCCUUUCAUUUGCCACCUUGAAUUAACAUUUGAGAGAUUUCAAUUACCUGAGAGUAGACAAUGCUAUGGAAAUCACCUGAGAAUUGACACAGAGAGGUUAUGCGGAAGCUCCAUAUUACCCUAUUCUGUCCGAAUGUACGAUUUUCAGACGUCGGAAAAAUUAAUCCACUUCAGUGCUGACCACAUUCUUCCCGGAACCGGUUUCUUAAUCCGAGGACGUCAAGUUCCCUGCACUUCCUCUCUUCUGACCUCCAGUGGUGGAAAUACUGACCAACUCCCUUCCCCAUCCUCCGCUGUUCGUUGUGACCAAAGUUUUGGACUGGAUGAAUUCACCAUUUAUAGUCCAGGUCACCCACUCCACUAUCCGACAGACACCCACUGCCGAUACGUCAUCAUCAGGUCAAACUCAGAGGUGUGCGGACUGGAAGUGACCUUUGUAACAUUCGACCUGGAAGACUAUUACCAAUGUCAGAGAGAUUACUUGGAUAUAGAUGGGGAGAGAUUAUGUGGAUUGCUGCCACCUCAAUCCAUUCGAAACUAUGUGUUCCAUCCGGCUGAUCGAACAAAAGUAAUCAUCUUCCAUUCUGAUCACGCAACCACAAAACAAGGGUUCAUCCUGAGGGUACGACAAAACAGAAUCUGUCCACCUUCAGUUCCUUCACUUCUUCCCGUAUCUCCAGCAUCAUCACGAACGAGUGGCUCACCUUCUACGCCUUCAUCCGGGUGCGAAUCUACCUUCUUCUCCGCCCCACGGGGCAUGAUUAGAUCUCCACGAUUUCCUGGAGGUUACCCAUCCCUUCACUGCAUCUACACAUUUGUGCAACUGAGGGGAUUCUGCAGUCUGCAAGUUACUUUUAGAGAUUUUGAUCUACUGCCCGGAACAAAUUGCAUCAUAGAUUACUUGGAAAUCGAAGGAAGGCGUUAUUGCGAUGGACAGUUAUUCCAAAUAAACCGUGAAAUACCGUUUCCGUGGAAUGAUUCUUCCACCAUAGCCAUUAUGUUCCAUUCUGACCGGGGCAGUUUUGUCCACAGAGGUUUCCACAUAGAUUUCGAACAAGUACCAUGCAGGAGGCAAGGUCGAAACCACAGAGAGGAAGUGGAACCACUCAGUAACUCCACUGUACGGUACACGUCGUCCCCUUCAUCAGAAUGGACGUCGUCCUUCGACGGAGAAUGGGACGACACGAAGACAACUCCACGGAAUGCAUCCACUGUCGAAUACACAACAUAAAAGACCCCCAAUCCGAGAGCCUUGUCUUCCUGAAGUUAUCACACACUUCAUGAAAGGGUAUUUGUGAAACACCUGACUCAGUUACUGAAAUGUGUUUGGAUUCGGCUUUUAGAGAAAGAUCUCGUUUAUUAUUAUAAAGAUCUGUCUUAUUGAAUGCGCUGUACCUUGGGACAAUGCGAAAACUCGUUGAUGACUAAACAACAUUUUUGAUUGUUGGACAACAAUGGCUUGACUGCAAGCUGUGCAUGGAUCGAUUCAAUAAUUAAAUGGUGACAUUGUUGAUUAAAAAAUUGAUUGAUUCGAAGCAUCAUUGUUACAAUCAUUGUUAGCAAUGUAACAUGUUUGCUAUGAAUGACUGCAAACAUUACGAAUUGUGAUUGCGCUGUGAAUUAUCUGUGAACUCGUGGAAUGAUGCCGUUCAGAACCUUUCUGGUUGAAUUUCUGUUUUGGUAAACUGUGCUUUCGUUUAAAUUGGAGUGGAUUAAGAAAUGUUAAUGUAUUUUACGAUGUUCAAGUUUAGAAGUCGUUGAGGGGUCAUCAAACAUGUGGCAGUUAUCCGAUUACAGAACGUAUUCGUAAUACAAGACAAAUUGAAUAAAAAAAGCCGAGGCAAAAAGAAAUAGUUGCAAACCUGGUACAAAUGGUUCACGAUUGAGUACCGAACUGUGUUUCAUCUAUGAAGGAAAGAAUGUGUGUACAUAACAAUGAACAAUGUUGUAAUGCUUGUUUUGUUGCUGUACGACCAAAAUCUUCGGCACGUAAUGUGUGUAUCGCAAUUGCUUACAAGACCUGGUCAAAUUAUUAGACGCUCUAUAAGAUUCUUUGAGGGUGAUACAGCUUUAUUGUAAACCGGUUUGCACUUGUUUACGUUCUUGUACCAAUGGGUUAAAUGAUAUAAAUUUGACGAUUGGAUGACGAAAUAUUACAUAAACAUAGAAUAUUUAUUAUAUCUUUAUAGUGUAACAAUUAGAUCAAAUUAUGAGAGGCACUGUAAUUAAUGCCAUGUUUUGCACUAGUUUAAUAGGCUGUACUUUUAUGUUUAGACUGUCAUUUGUUUUUAUUCAGGAGAUAUUUUACACAAUUUGUAUUAAUUUUUAACGUAAUGCAUUACAAUGUUAACCCAUUAAUAUACGACCGUAAACAAGUGCAAACCGGUUUAAAACAAUACAGCUGUAUAGAGUAUCACCUGAGUUAUUAAGAUUUUAUAUAGAAUCUUAUAGUGCCUCUAAUAAUAUGGCCAAGUUUAAACAUGAAAUGCAGGUUUUUGAUUAUAUAAAACAAAAGAAAUAGUGGAAAUAGAUGGUUUUGUCGAAUACUACCAUGAAGUACUCUCAGUACUGGACCCUCCAGUUUGUCAACAACAAAGAAACAUGUAACUUUUUUGUCCUUGUACUGUUUUUAAGUAGUUGUUAAGUAAAUGUUAUAUUUAAGUUUUGAUCAGUUAUGUAAUCGAAGUAAAUGUCUCUUUGCAAUCUCAA